AUGCCGGACCCCGAGGAAUACACCAUCGGUUGGAUAUGUGCCUUGCCGACAGAGCACACUGCAGCAUGCCUUUUCCUCGAUGAAGAACAUGGUCAGCCAGACCCAGAUCAUAUUGCUGCAGGCGACAACAAUGCCUACGAGCUCGGUGUGAUGGCAGGCCACAAGGUUGUCAUCGCCGUACUGCCCCAUGGAGAAUAUGGCACAUCUACCGCGGCCACAGUCGUCACGGACAUGCUUCGUAGCUUCACGAAUGUCAAAGUUGGAUUGAUGGUGGGAGUGGGUGGCGGCGCUCCAACCUCCGACAAUGAUAUCCGGCUGGGCGAUGUCGUUGUCAGUAGCCCCAAAGAUGGCAAUGGCGGCGUAUACCAGUACGACUAUGGCAAAAGAAUUCAAGGCCAUGAUUUCAAACCCACUGGCCAUCUCAAUCAACCACCAUCAGCAGUGCUCACUGCCAUGGCUUUGCUAGUAAGCAGGUACGAGAGGAAGGGAAAUCAGAUCGGCCAAGCAGUAGACGAGAUUCUCGAGGAGAAUCCCAGACUUAGGACGAAGUACGGUCGUCCAGAAGUCGAUAUUCUCUACGCCUCGAACUUCGUACACCCCCAUGGCGACGACAGACGGAAUUGCGAAGAAUACUGUGAGACAAAGCCACCCAACAUCGUCAACCGACUCCCAAGAGAUGAAGACCAGGAUGACCCAGCCGUUCAUUUCGGUACCAUCGCUUCUGGCAACUCUCUGAUGAAGGACGCACUAAUCAGAGAUUCUCUCGCAAGCGAAGGCGUCUUGUGUUUUGAGAUGGAAGCAGCCGGGCUUGCAAAUCGUUUCCCUUGUCUUGUUGUUCGUGGCAUCUGUGAUUACAGCGAUUCGCAUAAGAACAAGAGAUGGCAAGGAUAUGCCGCGAUGACUGCCGCUGCCUACGCAAAGGAUCUCCUCAAGGUCAUGCUGCCUCGAAGGGUGGAGAGUGAGAAGCGACUUACCGCUGUCCUCGAAAGCCUUGAUAGCAAGACCGCAUCCAUUCAGACCAUCCUCCAGAGCACUCAGCAGCAGCAGCAAGCACAACAUCUCCGCACAUGGCUGUCACCUUCGGAUCCUUCAGUCAAUCUUGAAAAAGCCUUGAAACAACGCCAUCAGAACACCUGUCGAUGGUUGCUUGAUGAUGAUGGAUAUCGUUCCUGGCGAACGACUCCAAGUUCAUUCUUCUGGUUACACGGCUUGUCUGGUUGUGGUAAGACCGUUCUCGCCUCAGCUGCCAUACACCAACUACAAUCAGAAGGUUCCAGUAGCCUGGUUGCCUUUCACUACUUCGACGUUAACGGCGGAGACAGACGUGGUCUCUCUCAGAUGUUGCGCUCUCUGCUCUAUCAACUCUCUUCUAAACAUCCGCAGGCGAGGCAGACCCUGCAAGAGUUAUACUAUGACUGUGAUAAAGGCGCCAGAAAGCCAACUGCAAGACAGCUUUCUGAGCAAUUUGUGAAGAUCUUGGAUCAAGUCGCCGAAGUCAUAGUCAUCGUCGAUGCUCUUGAUGAAUGCAAUUCUCCGGACGAUGUCGUUUCGUGGCUCAAAGAGCUUUAUCAGACAGAUCGUAAGGGCUUGCAUUUGCUCGUGACAUCUCGUAAACAAGGUAUACUGAACACAACCAUUGAAAAGUGGCACGAGCAAGAUCAGCUCCAUGCCGUCCGGAGUAGUGAGACGAACAAGGAUAUUGCAAAUUACAUCCAUGCAAGGCUAUCCGGAAGCGAGGAAUUCGAGAGAUGGAAUCCCCACAAAGACUUGCGGGAGCAUGUGGAAAAAGCGGUCUUACAGCGAGCGAACGGCAUGUUUAGGCUGGCGGCAUGUCAGCUAGAUGAUUUGAAGAGCUGCAUAGAUCGCCCCCAGCUGAUGGAAGCUCUGCGCACCCUACCCACGACGCUGCAGGAAAUUUACGCACGAACUUUGGAUACACUACGAAGCAGUAAUUGCUAUCGAGAGGGUUUGCUCAUGCUGCAAUAUGUCCUAUGGGCAAAGAAGCCGCCACUAUUUUCGGAAAUGAUUGACGCCAUCGCUGUUCGUCUAGAAGACAAUCCUGGGUUCAAGCAGGAGAACAGGCUGUUCGACCUAAUGGACGUGAUAACACAAUGUUCGAGCCUGCUGACACCAAUCAUGUCGGAAUCUGGGCGGGAACUCCAUCUCGCCCAUUCUUCUGUGAAAGAAUACCUCACGUCCCAGCACUUAGCCGAGCCUUUCAGAGAACUUCUCUCAGAAGUUCACGGAAGAUCUAUCAUUGCGAAAAUCAGCAUCAGGUACAUGAUUGAUGUGGUCAAUCUCCACAAUAACCCGAAAAUGUCUUCGGGCGAAUCAACAAGGAGUUUAUUUUUGCUUGAAUCCUCUGGAGUGGUACCAUCGGAAGAUUCUUUCGGCCGACUACUUGUUGGGCAUCGAGCAGAUAAUCACCUAGUUGCCAUCAUAGGCGAGGGAGCAUUCCCGUUCAUAUGGUCUGCUGGGUAUUGGGCGGAACAUGCCCGAUUCAUUGAAGCUGCCAAUGAUGACAUACCACGACUCAUCAUACAGCUCUACAAGCAAGAGCAUCUUCUGCGCGGCUUCCCACAAAUCCUUGGAUUGGGAUUCAUAUAUGACCACCGCGAGUACGGAUACAUACGUGAUUUGUAUACUGAAGUUGGACGCAGGCCCAGUCCCCUCAUUCAUGCUUGCUAUUGGGGUCUAGAAAUUGUAGCACGGCGUCUCCUGGAAUCCGAUGCUCACCUUCUCACGUCGAGUAGCGUUGACAGCCCUCUUCAUGCUGCUUCAUUCUCUGGGCACCACAGUAUCGUCAAAAUGCUUCUAGGCAGAGGUGCGGCCGUCGAUGGCGGUAUGGGGACCUUGCUGUCAACUACAACGGUUCCGCUUCAUGGAGCCUCGCAAAACGGCCAUGUCGAAGUCGUCAAAACUCUACUACAGCAUGGAGCCAGAGUAGACAUCAUUGGAUCCAAGAAUGAGACCGCGCUUGAGCUCGCCGUACGCAAUCACCAUCUGAACGUCAUAAAACUUCCCAUGGACUAUUAUGAUUGCUUACCGUUCUAUUUACUCUUUGUGGCACUGUCUCAGACGCCCGUAGAAGAGAAAGUGAUCGAUUUACUGUGCAGCAAGGUCAUCAUGCCCGGCGCUCGAAAAGUGGUGUCGUCACUGUGCAAUGAACCCAUUGUGACUGCCUCUCGAAUCAACAGCCGGGAGUUCGAAUGGCUGCUGAGUAGUCUCAUCACACGCGGACAGUUGGCUUAUGCGAGGAUACUGUUGGAAAACUGGAUCCAUAUACCCAAUACCUGUAUCAGACGUCAUUACCACUGGCCUGAGCCGCCAAAGCAAGAACAUCUACAGCUUGCGAGAAUCAUGCUCGACAGAGGGUGGAUGCUCUCGGAUGAUAUAGUCUCACGCGUCAAACUAUCCGAUGAGAAGGAGGAAUCUCGAAAAACCCCGAGAAACGCCCUAGGCUCGAGUAGCAUUGAAUCAGCUGAUGGUUGUGAUUGCCCCGGCAGCUGUCAAGAGUCAACAUCCCUGAAGAGAUUUUUGUCAGUUCCUGGGCCCUAUGGGCCCUAG